UUGGGGUGGGUGGGGGGGGCGCAACGUAAUUGUGCAAGCGUUUGUUGUGCAAAAAAAGGUGAGGUCGGAAAAGUAAGUCAGGAAUCAACGAGACUCCUGGGACGAAUUGCCCGGGUACGCGGAAGAGGCAGUCCAAGAUGUUGAGGUGCUGCAGGAGGGUACAUGAGGAGGUCAUCAAGCCAUGGAGACCGGAGCCCCCCGCCCACAAAUGCAAGUCGGUCCUCUGCACAUCCUUUUAAGCGUCCAACAUGUGGGUACAGGAAGUGCUGUUGAGUAGCUGCCAGCCCCAAGUUAGAAAAAUUUGUCAAAGCUCAAUAACGUCUCGAAAUAAUUGGACGUAUACCGCAGCGUGACAUAAUUAUGCGAUUCUGUGUUUAAAAGCCUUAUGACGUCACUACUACGUGGUGACAGAAAGCGCAGGUAGUUGUCUCCUCUGAUGAAAAGCUUUAUGACGUCACAAAGGCGUCAAAGCACUCACACCGGCGAGCGCGGAAGCCCCCACUUUGGCGAGAGACAAGUCGACAGCAGCGUAACGAUGGAGAACUACUCCAUCAAGGCGGAGGUCAUCCUCCCGAUGGUGCAGAAAUACUUUGAGCGCAUUCUGCCCGCGCAGUGGAGCAUGCUGGCCGCGGGCACCAUCGACUCGGCCACGCAGGUCAUCCUGGCGGACAUGUGCACGGACAUCACGCAGAAACUCUGCGCCGACACCAUCCGAGUCAUCAUCCCCGAGUUUAAACAGCGUAUUCAGAGCGCCGACAAGAAAAGAAUGAAGCUCAAGGUGGAAGGCGGGCUGAGCACCGCGUUCGCCUCGGCGCUCGGCGUCCCGGAGCAGCCGAGCAAAAGCUCCCAAAAGCUGGACUCUCUCUUCAAGCGGGAGAUCUCGCAGAGGGUCAAUCACACCUUGUCCGCCGCCACCAGCACCGACAGUCAGCUGCUGCCCCUGAUCUACAUCCCGGGAACCUUCACCAAGAUCGAGGUUCUGGCCAAGAUGGUGCUGCUGGCCUGCGGCGCUCUGAAGGUUUACCUGAGCAAGAUGGCCGUUUAUACGAAAUGCUUCAGACCGUGCUGGGGCCAAAGGAACCGACAAGAACCCCCGGGCCGCGGCGACGCGUGCAUAUUUGACCGAGAACAAACCACCGAGGCCGUGAUGAACAUCCUGCGCAAAUGGACCGACGGCGAGGAGGAGUCUCUCUCGCUCGGGACAAAUGGCGAGCUUAGGAAAACGGCGGCGGAUAUCGUGACAACCAUAAUCAACGACCUGCACUUCCACGACCCCGCGGAGGAGGGACGCAGUCGCUCCUCUACGCCUCAUUUCAAUCUGGGGCUGAUAAAGGAUCAACUCUGCGAGUUCUUCGAAUCGUGCGUAUCGCCCAACAGCAGCAACGAGUCUUCUCGUAAACGCAACUUUUUGAACUUUUGCCAAAAGAAGUUCGACGAACUGGCAUUUGAACUGCAGAAGGUCCGCUGCCGCUGCAUGCGCUUGGAAGAAGAGACGUCCCCAAGUGGGACUCGAACACCAGACGGUGACAAUCUGCUCAGCUUCCAGGGAAUCCAGCCGGAGCUCGAGGACGUGUUCCACAAAGCGGCGCUACCGGUCGGAGGCGCCGGGGCCGGCGUAGACGUGGACAAGCUACGACACGAAGCCGACAAGUUCUCGCUAGACCUUGCGGAUAAACUCUACCAUUACAUGACCGCCAACCGGACCACGGUCCAGUCAGAUGCGGUGUGGAGGCGCUACUCGGAGCCGCUCAUCCUGGAGGUGGACGAGGAAAAACCAGAGAACAUCCAGGUUCUGCAUAAGAUUGUAGAAGACACGGCUACAAAGUUUGUCCAGCAACUGCUCCUCUGGCUCAAGAUGGAACCGGUGACGAGGGGCAACCACGCCGACGAGGUCUACGGGUGCCUGAACGACAUCGACACGCUUAUCGCGGGAACCGUCACCCCGCAAACAAAAGACGCCGAAUUGGAUGACGCCAGGCCCGAGAGCAACCAAAAGGGGCGUCCGCCUUCCGCGCGGGAAGAGGCCGUGGAAAGUGGGAUCGGUCAAAAAACGGAGACGGACGGCGCUCGGGAAAAGACUCCGCCCUCCGGCGUCGUACGUGUGGCUUGGCCGUCGCCGCUCCGCCCGCCCUCUGCGCGGGAGACCUCCUCCCGGUCCCGAAGCGCGUCCUCACGUGUCACGUCGUGCAGCUCGGUCUCUUUGGAGGAGAUGGUCACAUCGCUCAUGGCGGUACUCGUCGUCCAGCUGCUGACCCGACUUCAAAAGAAACACAAGAAGGUGGUCCUCUCCCGCGACACCCUGCCAAUCAUCCAGCGCCUCUCCAAGAAGGUGCUGCAGGACCCGAGCUUAUGCGUCGUCACCGAAGCCAACAUUUACAGCGUCAACAAGCUGAUGAAGGCCGUCGUCCGCCAACUGCCGCGAGAGUUUAACGGUACGCAGCGGCUGCUGGACGCCUUCCUGUCUGACGAGCAGAGUUUUGACAACACGCUGCUGAAGCUGCUUUCGUUCAACUUGGAUGCCUUGAAACCACCUCGGCGACGCGGGACGCAAGAGUUCUUUACGGCCGUGCGCAGGCUUUUCCUCUGGACCCUCUGUACGCGCUCCCCGAGCAGAAAGCGGGAAAUUCCGCCACGUGCCGCCGAAACGGACUCAGAGAAGAGUGCCGGCGUAUAAUCACGUCGCGUUGGCUCGUGACACAAAUGUGCAAUCGUGAUCUCAGGGCGCAAUGCGCGACUUUUUUUGGACUUUUCUGCCGAUCUCCACACAUCUUGAUGCCUCUUUGUUGGAUUACACAACAGGCGAGGUCGAGGUCCGUCGAUCUCAUUUCCGUUUCACAUCUCCGUUGGAGAGCUAGCGCGGGGAACCGGGGAGAUCCCCGCACUCGGUCUUCGCUUUCUCCUGCGUUUAGUUAGGUUUCGCUUUCCUCUCUCAAAAAAGAAACUUGUCUCGCGGACGGGGGAGAAGACAGAACACUUGAGAAAUCCAUAUUUUUAAGGCAAGAGAAGUCCCGAAGUUGUACGGAAAAUUGACAGGUCGAAUGAAAACCUCGGCCGAUGGACCUGUUCUACUUCUGUGCAUACAUGUAUACAUUUCAUCCCUCCGGGAGCAGGAUCCUCUGGUCCCAUUAGUCCUGGACGUGGGGCUUCUGAAUCCCCAGGAAAGCUCCCAAGGCGACGCGGUUCACGAUAAAACUGGGAACACUGCUUGCUGCCGGGGGGGGGGGGGGAGCCGUGGGAAAGGAAGACAAGCAACAGUGUUUGGGCGUCGGUCCGCACGAGGCGUCCUUCGCACGUGAGCGCGACGAGCCAGUGGAGGUGGAGAACACGUGAAAGUCUUGCCGGCCGUCACGUCAACCCGCAUCACCAGUUGGGCCUGUGACUCCAGACGGCCCCGCCCGAUUCCUCAGCAGGGUGUCGCCUGCUGCUCCAAAUACCUGCGCCGCUAUAAGAUCGAGCUUCCUGCCCCCACCUGCCGUCACUCGACAACAUGGACCUGGAGAAGUUAGGUCAGAAGGUUGUGAUGGACAAAAUCGAGGACAUGGUUGAGGACGGGGUAAAGAAGUUCAUAGGAGGAGGGGCGGAGGGUCAAAAGGACGACAAAGGCUUCAACAUUGACUCAGUCUUUGGCGGCGGCAAGAGCGACGACAAGGGAUUCAACGUGGGAGACGUCCUUUCCAUGGUCACUCCAAAGGACGAGGGCAACGGAGGAGGAAUUGUGAAAGCUUUGGGUGGACUCUUUGAUUGACCCGCAGGGUGCUGGCAUCCUCAUCGAGGAGAAAGACACCUGACCGUGUACAUCAAUCAAUAUAUGAAAUAAACCAUUCGAAAAGA